GAACUACACUUCCCAGGAGCCCUCGGGACAGGGGCUGGCCCGGGCCGGGGGGCGGGGCUCCGACCGGAGGCGGUGAUUGUGGCGGCUCAUUUGUAAAAGCGGUGGCAACUCCGGCGGUAGUUCGAGUGGACGGAACGGGCAGGGGCUUCCCGGAGUGGUAUUUUGUGGGCCAAAGGAACGGAGGAACUGGUGUCCGGGUCCGGAGCGGCCGGCGGCACACCGGCAGGACCCGGCUCCGGGCCUCGAGGCUGGCCUGGCGGCACUCGGAGGACGCGGGGCACGGGUGGCUCAGCACAUUAACGCAUCUUUGUUGCGGGAGAGCCGGGGCACACUGCCCCUAAGAUGUUGGAAAUCAGUAGCUCUUUUAGCUUUUACAGUAUUUAAAUAUAAUAGUGUCAUUGGACUCAAAUGUUCCUGAUGCCAACCUCUUCAGAAUUAAACAGUGGGCAGAACUUCUUGACCCAGUGGAUGACCAAUCCUUCUCGGGCUGGAGUCAUAUUAAAUCGUGGCUUUCCUGUUUUGGAAGUGAAUGAAGAAAAGCAUGCAUCUGCAGACAUUUCUACAAGAUUUCCUAUUAAAGCCACACAUUUUUCAAAUAGCUUCAGCUUUAUAAGUGAAGAUUCACUUCAUGAAGAACAGAAAACAGAUAAAUGUGAAACCCAUACAGUCUUUCCUUUAAUUAAAACAGGACUACCAACAGUGGCAUGCCAGGAUGCUGCUGGACCCCAGAAAGAUAACAAAAAUGACUUUAUCCCAGAUCUUGCAAAUGAAUUCAAAGAAGUGGCUUAUAAAGAUCCACUUUUUAAAAAACUUGAACAGCUGAAAGAAGUCCAACAGAAGAAGCAGGAACAAUUGAAGAGGCAACAGUUAGAGCAACUACAGAGACUCGUGGAAGAACAAGAGAAGCUGCUCUCUAUGGUCUCUGGGCAACACACGCUUCCAGGUUUGACUUUACUGCCUGAUGAUCAGAGCCAGAAACACAAAUUUCCAGGAAAUUCAACCUCUGGAGAGAAAGCCACGCCCUUCUUACCAUCAUAUGUCUCCCCUAAUCAAGUCCAAGAAAAAUUGCAUGCUUCGGACAUUUUACCCAAUCAGCAAAGCAACUUCUGUAGAACCACUCAUCAGGAUUUUGUCUUAACUUCAAAAAGUGGUGCUCCCAGUUUGUUUUAUGAGACACAGUAUCAAGAAGCACUUGAGAAGAAAAAUGAUUCAAGGGAAGAAAACCAUAGCUAUCCUCCAGGAGAAGAUAUUUUACCAUGUUGGGAGAAAACAACAGAACAGAUUCAGGAAGGAAAUGAUAUAAACUUAAAAAAAACUGGUUAUUCCUCACAAGUAGUUAAUGUUGAAGAAAGGCCUAUUAAAGCUGCUAUUAGAGAAAGGAAACAGACAUUUGAAGACUACUUAGAAGAACAAAUUCAGUUAGAAGAACAGGAACUGAAAAAAAAACAACUAAAGGAAGCAGAAGGACCAUUGCAAAUCAAGGUGAAACCAAAACAGCCAUUUUUAAGACGGGGAGAAGGUUUAGCUAGAUUUACUAAUGCUAAAUCUAAGUUUCAGAAUGGGAAAGAAAAUAAGCUAGUGAGUAACCAGAACACUUCAGAGGACCAACUGGUGUUUAAAGUAGAGAGACAACAAUUCCACCGGAAAACUGCUCUUAUAAAUAAAGAACUGUCUGCAGAGAACUCUACUGUUAAAAAGGACAAUAAAGUUAGAACCAAAAGUAGUUCUAGCACACUCAGUCAGAAGCAAAAAGUGCCUAAGACUAAUAACAGGAAAAGUCUCUCUCCAGCAGGAUUGAAAAUACAGACAGGGAAAAAAUGUGAUGGGCAAUUUAGAGACCAGAAUAAAGAAAAAAAAGCCGAAUCUACUAAUAAAGAAAAUGUGCCCAGGUGUAUGAAACCUUCUGAAACCAGUUGCAAAGUGUGGAGUAAGACACAAGGCAAAGACAGACUUCCUCUCUCCACAGGGCUGCUUGGCAGCGUGGCGUCUGAGAACCCAGUAUGUAAGACUGUGAAGGAGUUGGAAUCUUCUCUUGACCUUUCUCUUCAGAAAAAGUUAGAGAAUUGGGAACGAGAAAAGGAAAAGGAAAAUUUGGAAUUAGAUGAAUUUCUUUUUUUAGAACAAGCUGCUGAUGAAAUAUCAUUUUCUAGUAACUCCUCUUUUGUACUGAAAAUCUUAGAAAGGGACCAACAGAUCUAUAAAGGCCGCCGGAUGUCUUCCACCCCUGUCAAAGCUGGGCAGCAGGAGAAGACAGAUCCAGUGGAACUCACUGGUAAGUGUGACCACAGAGAGGACCGGGACCAUCCUGCAUGUGCGAGUAGGAAUGAGUGUGAGGCUACAUCCAAGCAACUUGGUUCAGUGUCCUCAUCCCAUGGAGUGAUGGAACGAUCUGGUCAAAUCAGUAGGCAAAUCUUCCAAGUGACCACUUCUGAAAAUCAGACCCAGUGGGACGCAAGUGAUGAUGACGGGAGUACCAACAGUGGUAGUAGCUCCGACUCUGAGGAACAGCUCGAUGUUACUAUAAAACCAACAACUGAAGACAGAGAGAGGGGUUUCAGCAGCAGAGAGGACAGUCCACAAGUCUGUGAUGGCAAGGGGCCUUUUAGGGACCCCAGGACUCAAGAAGAAGAUAAAAGGAGAGACAUUGAUCUGGAUUUGUCUGAUAAAGAUUAUAGUAGCGAUGAGUCUAUCAUAAUAGACAGCAUGAAAAAUAAAAUGAGUCCUUCUGAGUCCUCGAGAAGACCCUCGUCUCUGAGUAAAAUUGACUUUGAUGAUGAAAGAACUUGGACUGACCUGGAAGAGAAUUCAUGUAAACAUGACAUCAUUCUUGGGGAUGAAGCCAUGUGUGAGACACCUCAGACACACUACCCUAGUAAGAGUGAAAUACAAGUUCUGGAUAAAACAAUAAAAAGGAAGGUCGCUCCAGUCAAGAAGGGAGAAGACAAGGGCAAGCCCAGGAGGAGCCAGAGUCCUCCUCCUCCUUCAGAACUGAUGAUGAAAUUUUUCCCUGCUUUGAAACCAAAACCAAAACCAGAUUCACACUUGGGAAAUGAACCCAAGUCAAACAUAAGUCAAGACCAACCACCUGGUGACAGUCCUCUAUCCCAGGCUUUGAGAGAGAAAGUUAUUGAAUUGGAAACAGAAAUAGAAAAAUUUAAAGCUGAGAACACAUCUUUAGCUAAACUUCGUGUAGAACGAGAAAAUGCCGUGGAAAAACUCAGAAAAGAAAUUGCAGACUUUGAGCAACAGAAAGCAAAAGAGCUGGCUCGAAUAGAAGAGUUCAGAAAGGAAGAAAUGAGGAAGCUACAAAAGGAACGUAAAGUUUUUGAAAAGUACACUACAGCCGCAAGAACUUUUCCAGAUAAAAAGGAACGGGAAGAAAUACAGGCGUUGAAACAGCAAAUAGCCGAUUUACAGGAAGAUUUGAAGAGGAAGGAAGCAAAAUGGUCAAGCACACAAGGUCGUCUCCGAAGCCAGAUCGAGAUGUUGGUGAGAGAGAACACAGACCUCCGGGAGGAAAUAAAAGUAAUGGAAAGAUUCCGCCUAGAUGCAUGGAAGAAAGCUGCAGCUAUGGAGAACAGCCCCAGGGUGGGCCAGUGUGUGCCUGCAGUGAGGAAGGACGAGUCCAUGAACCCAUCUGUUCAAUUUCAGAAGAAUCAGAUUUCUUCAGGAACUCAAGUAGAAAAAUGCAAGAAAAAUUAUUUGCCAACACAAGUAGGCAAUCUGUCUCGAAGAUCCAAGUCUGUACCUCCUCAUGACUUGGGCAGUUUGGAUAAAGGACAAGCUGCCUCGCCUAGGGAACCACUUGAACUGGUGAGUUUCCCAGAUCCUGAAUACAAAGAGAAGGAAGAAAAAGAAGAAAUUGAAGAAAAAAUUCAGGGAGAAAUCAGUCAUCCUGAUGGAAAGGUUGAAAAAGUUUAUAAGAAUGGGUCCCGUGUUAUACUGUUUCCCAAUGGAACUCGGAAAGAAGUGAGUGCAGAUGGGAAGACAGUCAGAGUCACUUUCUUUAAUGGUGAUGUGAAGCAAGUCAUGCCAGAUGAGAGAGUGAUCUACUACUAUGCAGCUGCCCAGACCACUCACACUACCUACCCAGAAGGACUUGAAGUCUUACAUUUCUCAAGUGGACAAAUAGAAAAACAUUUCCCAGAUGGAAGAAAAGAAAUCACCUUUCCUGACCAGACUUUUAAAAACUUAUUUUCUGAUGGACAAGAAGAAAGUAUUUUCCCAGAUGGGACCAUUGUCAGAGUACAACGGGAUGGCAGCAAAAUCAUAGAGUUUAAUAAUGGUCAAAGAGAGCUACACACUGCCCAGUUCAAGAGACGGGAGUAUCCAAAUGGCACUGUAAAAACCGUAUAUACCAAUGGUCAUCAGGAAACAAAGUAUCCAUCUGGUCGGAUAAGAGUGAAGGACAAGGACGGCAAUGUUCUCAUGGACACAGAAUGUCCAUGACCCUGUGUGACUAAUCAUGAAGUAACACUAACUGAUUUUCUUGUUAAAAAAAUGUACAUUUCUCGUGGAUUCUGUUUAACUUAUGUA